AUGAAUAACCCCCAGAAAGGCGUCGGGGGCAAUGCCCAAGCGGCGGAUAUGAUUAAGGGACAGGGAUCCAAAUUUCAGCCAGAAUCCGGACAGCUGGGUGGUGUAUUUGUUGGGCAAAGGGUCGGAGGCAGACCAGGCCAGUGGGCUGCACGGCGGUUUGGCAAGUAGUAUAAAUGUAUUAAUAUGAAGUAACGCAAGAAGCUCGCAAACCCGUCGAGGAUAAGGGUCUUGAGGCCGGGCGGCAAUUAAGGCUCGAGUCUGGACACGGGGGCAACGGCGAUGUAUCAAACACAGCAGUUAAACCAGCAAAACGUCUGUAUUAAGGCAUGAGUCGAAGCAUAAGAGACCGGAAAAAGGGCGCGAUAGGAGAAUGCGGCAGGAAGAGAAGGGGAAACGAGGUUUCGAUCACGUCGG